GGAAAAAUACUGUGAGCGGAUGAAAUUUAAAACGAAUCACAAGUCAUAGCAAAAGCAAUGUAUUAUAAAACUCCGGAGAAGCUACUAGCAACAGAAUCGACACUUAACGGCAAUUCAAAAAUGUUUUUAAAACUAUCAGCAAUUACAAUUUUAUUGAUUUUUUGCUACACAUCGCUAUCAUCAACACAUGCCGUUGUCUCACGUGUAGCAAUGCCGGAGGGUUGUGCUCGAGCCUGUCCACCUCAACGAAAUCCAUCUCGCUUUAUUUGUGCAAGAAACUCAGUGACGGGAGUGCUUGGAACAUUUGAGGGAGAUUGCACUUUUGGACGUUAUAAUCAUUGCGUGAAUACUAGAGAACGCUAUUCAUUUGUACGAUACGGAAAUUGUCAUAGUGGAGAUUUUUGAGAGAGAGAUUUUUCAUCAUUUAUUAUUAAUUUUAAAUAUAAUUGAGAGACUAUUUAUCGAAUCGAAAAGCACAUAAAGUCUGUUUACCUGCAAAUAGUACGCUAUUCUCAGCCACAUUCGCAACAACUGCGGGAACCGUUCCUGUGUAAAUAAUUAUAGAAAAUAAUUCAUAUCAUGUCCAUUAAAUAAAUCGAAAGU